UUCACCGCAGCGUGGAAAUCAUUAAGCUUGUCCUGGGCCCUGCCUUAUCAACCCAGAGCCACAAAUAAGGAUAUUGUCCAUGUCGCGCCUGUCGCACUGUAACAGUCCACGUACCGCCUCCACCUGAACUACUUUUGUCGACCUACUUUUCACAAGACCUCGUGUUCGCACAGCCUCAGCUAACGUGUGUUUCGGCGUAGAUGUGUUCAGCCAAAGUGUGCAGCAAGGAAAUUCUGUCUCACGGUACGAAAAGUGCGGGUCGAUCGAUUGCUUCUUUGUAAGUAGAAAGGAAGACGGUAUCGCUACACAUCCACCACUCUCGCUGACGACAGUCUCAAGUUUGUCAAGCAGGCCAAUCCACGUAAAACAAGAUGGCGGACGCAGCGGACGAGACUUUUGAACAAGCGGGGAGCGGAGCAUCGGCAUCUUAUCCUAAACAGUGUUCUGCCCUGAGGAAGAACGAAUACGUUCUCAUUAAAAAUCGUCCCUGCAAGAUAGUGGACUUGUCUACAUCAAAGACCGGGAAACAUGGCCACGCUAAGGUGCAUAUAGUAGGUACUGACUUGUUUACUAGUAAAAAAUUUGAAGAUGUCUGCCCGUCCACACACAACAUGAAUGUCCCGCACGUGAGCAGAAUAGAAUAUCAGGUGAUUGAUAUGGAUAGUGAUGGGUACUUGACUCUUAUGGACGACAAGAAUGGCACACGCGACGACAUGAAGAUCAGUGACAAAGAUGUCGAUAUGAGGAAAGAGUUUGAAACUAGAAUGAAGGAUGAAAUUCCUACUAUAGCUGUUGUACUCAAGGCAAUGGACGAAGAGGUUGUUAUCGGUGUCAAAUCAGGAAAGGAAUAAGAAUAUUAUUGCCAAGAUGGACAUGAACAAUUCAGAUCCUUUUACACGAGUUAAACGUGACACUGUCUAAAACGUAAACCGGAAGUCGGCCCUUUGGGUUACCACGUGGUCGACCGGGUGUCGGGUGAUUUUUAUGUGAAGCUGAUUCUUUCGUCGACAAUUUGUUUUGUGUUUAAGCAUGUGGACUGCAAUUUUGGACUGGAUACAAUCAUUCAACUUUCGAUUGAUAUUUAUUUGUAAAGGUUUUGUGUUAAGGAUGAAGAUAUCAUGACGUUGAUAAGAAAAUCAAUCAGAAGAAUCCAUUGUUCGGCGAAUUUGUGACUGGUAGGCGUGUUGAACAUCCGAGGACGAUAUCAACCAGGACUGUGAACUUUUGCUAAGUUAAUAAACGUUCAUGUCGUAUGAUCAUUGUAUUUAAAGAAUCAUGAUCUUAUCAACAGUUAUAAAAUGAGUAACAGUAACUUAUUUAUCCUAUUGUCAUAACUGAAGGUCUCUGCGUUUAAAUAAUGUCCUGUACUUUUUGAAAUGAGCCACAUGACUCAAUAAAUCAAUGAUUUGGUAA